GCGCUGGGGAGUACAGAGCGUGGCAGGGCGGGCGGUGGCGCUGUGCAAGUUGGGCAGCUGGAGGGGAAACGCUAAGCCGCCGGGACGGGACGGGCUGAACCCGUGGAGUUACAGUGUGGAGCCAGGAGUGUAUGGGCGCGCUGAGCCCGGCGGGACCGGAGAGCGGAGCCGGGAGACCCGCGGAGAGCUGGACUCCAGCCGACGGGGCCCCAAGGAGCUAAUCCGGGGCGAGGCGCGGGGAGCCCCGGCUCGGAGGGACUAGUGCGCGGGGGAGAGGGGCGGAUUUCUCCGCGGGACCAGCCCGUGCAGCAGUGCCCGUCUGGGGGAGCCGUAGCAGUUGCGCGGGGGGUCCUGGAUGCGGGCGGAGUGAGCCCUGCUGCCGGGGGACUCCAGCCACAGGGGAUGGGAGCGUGAAACCGGCUGAGAACCAGGGCAGCGGCCGGCGGGAUUUACAGCACCGGGAGGAUUAGCGGCUCCCCGGCCCCGGCGCCCCCGGGCGAGGGGGAAGAUGGCCCUGCCGGAGGGGCGCCCCAGUCUCUGCAAGUGGCUCCUGGGCGUCCUGCUUGCCAUGUGCCGGCUCGCGGCGCCGCUGGCCAAGAACCUGGAGCCGGUGUCCUGGAGCUCGGCCAACGCCAAAUUUAUGGCUGGUAAAGGGCUGGUCAUCUACCCGGAGAUCGGGGACAAACUGGACAUUAUCUGUCCCAAGGCGGAGCUUUCCAGACCUUAUGAAUACUACAAGCUGUACCUGGUGAAGCGGGAGCAGGCAGAGUCCUGCAGCACUGUCAUGGAUCCCAAUGUGCUGGUGACUUGCAACCGGCCAGAGAAGGAGAUCCGCUUCACCAUCAAGUUCCAGGAGUUCAGCCCCAACUACAUGGGCCUGGAGUUCCAGAGGCAGCAGGACUACUUCAUCACAUCCACUUCCAAUGGGACUCUGGAAGGCCUGGAGAAUAGAGAAGGUGGAGUCUGCCAGACACGCUCUAUGAAGAUUGUCAUGAAAGUGGGGCAGGAUCCAAAUGCUGUGAUCCCAGAGCAGCUGACAACCAGUCGGCCCAGCAAGGAAUCUGACAAUACAGUGAAAAUCGCUACACAGAGUCCACGCCACAAGGUCCCUGUGGUGGAGGAUCCUGGGAAGCCAGGCUCCGUUAACCAAGAUGGGCAGAACACCCAAGGUAGCAGUGAUGGAUUCUUCAGCUCUAAGGUGGCAGUAUUUGCUGCAAUUGGUGCUGGCUGUGUCAUCUUCAUCCUCAUCAUCAUCUUCCUUGUUGUCCUCCUGAUCAAGAUCCGCAAGCGGCACCGGAAGCACACCCAGCAGCGGGCAGCAGCCUUGUCACUUAGCACCUUGGCCAGUCCCAAGUGCAGCGGUAAUGCAGGUUCAGAACCCAGCGAUAUCAUCAUCCCCUUACGGACUACAGAAAAUAACUACUGCCCUCACUAUGAGAAGGUGAGCGGGGACUAUGGGCACCCCGUCUACAUUGUCCAGGAGAUGCCCCCUCAGAGCCCGGCCAACAUCUACUACAAGGUCUGAGGAGCAGCCUCGGCAACCUACCAAUGCAAGAGCACUAGAGAGCUGAGGGCCCUGGGGGCAGCCGCUGGCUCUCCCCACUAGUGUGCUCGCUCUGUGAGGGAGGAAGUGAAAUGAACCCCAUGGCAAGACCAGGGGAGCGCAAGGGUCUCGCACCAGAUAGUGGAUCACCCGCUCGCACGCUCUCGCUCUGUUUUCCCCUUUGUAUUUAGUUUUGUAGUUCUCAGCUUUUGUAAUCCCAAGACUCGAGGGUGGGCCUUCAGCAUCCUCCUCCUGCUUCAGACUGCAUCCUGGCUCUAGACGCAUCUAGCCAUGAUAUGGCCCUAGCUGCGCGCAACAGCCAUUGUGCGUGGGCGCUGUGCCUUUCCUCACUCUGAUGCCCCUGGCGAUACCACAAAACUCUGCCCCCUCUUGAUUUGGAGAUGUCCCUUUCAGCUUUUCCAUCUAUAUUAUGUUAAGUAUUCUUGUUUUUGGGGCUGUGCCGGUUGUUGCUUUGGUCCAGGAUUGUCCUAGGAGUCGGAUUAACUUGUGGGCCCUAGAGAAGAACUGCCACUCACCUGAGGAAUGAGCAGCUUGCGGCAGCACUUUGCGUAGGCGUGCCAAGGACGUAGACCCUGUGUAGGGGGGAGGCUGACAAACCCAACCUACUAUUAUUAUUAUUAUAAUUAUUUUUUAACUUUUGUAACGUUUUUAUUUUUGUGAAAUAUUGGUGGGACUCUGAGCCACCACCUGCAAGCCUUCUGGCAUGCUCUUCUCCCUCUGCCAUGCCAAUCCCCUGGCCAUGCUCUGCCAGGACACACACUCUCACCUUCUGCUGUCCUUGCCAUUUUAAACUUUUGUGUUCAGUGUGUAGCAGUCGACUCUUGUUUAUCUGCUUAAACGGGGCGGGAAGAAGAGGAAAAAUAUAACUCAAAUGGUCAGUGCAUGAGAGAAUCCAGGGCUCUACCCCAUGCCACCCAGAGCCAGGAGCCUCUUCCCCUUCCACAAGACAGUAACCUUUAUGGGAACUCCUCCAAAGGUGUGUCUUCUUCAUAGCAUGUCCCUCGCCUGAUCUCUUUUCCUAGGACAGAGGCUGAGCUAGUUUCUCCAACAUCAGGGAGAGGGCAGUAGGACAGCAUUCACUGAUAGCCUCAGUCAGGCCGGAUCUGGGACUGGGUUGAGAGAAAAGGGUGGGAGCAUUCAGUAACUUAGUCACAAGGUUCAUUCUUGGCUCUGUCGUUUCAGCAGAUCCUGAAGCUGGUUUGCUCUUUGGGUUCAGGCCACAGUGCUUCCAUUUGGGCUGGAAACGAAAUGAAUCAUGCCUGCUCUGAAGCCUGUACUUGACAUGUUCUCAGGAGACUAGAGCAAGUGAGAAGAGAGCAGGAGGAGGUGGCUAAGAGGAAGAGAAAGCAAACUGCAUCGAUAUUGGGGGUGGGGCAGAUAUUCAGUGGCCACAGCAGUUAGGCUGUUCUGGGCUUGGCUGAGCUGGGGAGGUCAGUAUUCUGAGUAAGCUCAUAGGCCGUCUAGGCCCCCAUGUAUCCCAGCAGCCUCAUCCCUUCCACAGAGAGCAGCUGGGCCUCUUCUCCCGCUGACCCUCUUGGUUCUAGAACUCUUACACAUUUCAGUGACUGCCAGGCAUGAGGCUUGUUUUAACCAUUGUACUGUCACUCUGACUGGUCAUGCUCUUUGUGCAGGCCCUUCGGGUGGGGAAGGCAGAGACUUGCUAAGUUUCUUGCUGUGGCACAUCCUACACCAAGCCUCAUGGCUGAAUUGGCUCAUUUCCUUUCCCUUCCGUUUCUGAAAAGCAGGGAUUUGGUUUAUCCAAGCUGGGUCCUUUCCUCUUGUGUUCUGGGAGCUGGCUUUUUCCACCCAUUGCGGAGUCACUCCUAGAUACUUUUUUGGUAGGAGGGGUAGCCUAACCCUGAAAGAGUAGCCCUUAAUCAUCACUACUGAGGCCUCUACCUAUUAGCAUUGGAAGCAACUGUCUGUUCCAUGCUACCACUGCAGGAAUCUUGUGCAGAAGGGGGAAAAACAAAUCCUGUGAUUGGUUGGCCUCUAAAAGCAAAGCCAGUCAUGGAGGCGUAGCUCAGUGGUUUGAGCAUUGGUCUGCUAAACCCAGGGUUGUGAGUUCAAUCCUUGAGAGGGCCAUUUAGGGAUCUGGGGUAAAAAAUCUGUCUGGGGAUUGGUCCUGCUUUGAGCAGGGGGUUAGACUAGAUGACCUCCUGAGGUCCCUUCCACCCCUGAUAUUCUAUGAUUCAGCGCUAGAAGCGGGGCUUAGCUCCUCGAUGGCUUCAGCAAACCCUAUUGAUUGCUGUUGUCAUGGCAUGAGCACCAGUCAAAGACCCUGCUCCAUCCUCCUGAUUUACCAGGUAACAACUCAUCCUAUCUGGCUCCUUUCCGUGUAUGCAUGCGUCCCACCUCACAGGGCAGGAAUGGCUGUGUCCUGGAGUAGAGAGGAACCUUUCACAGAAAUACUGCAGUUCUUGCAGUUAUGGCCCCAGACCUAGUAGUAACAUGACUGAGUGGCAGUGUUUGAGGCCAUGACUGGGAUCUUGGAGCAUCUUUGAGAAGGUGCUGCCAUGCUGACCUUGUUGUGUCCAAGGGAAGGAUGGCUACAUUCCCAGUCUGUCCUGUGGGGGGAUUUCCCAACAUCUCAUAAAAAUGUAGGGUUGAAAGGGACCUCGAGAGGGCAAGUGUAGCCCCCUUUGCUGAAGCAGGACCAAGUAAACCUAGACCAUCUCUCACAGGAGUUCAAAGACUAUUAGGAACACAUUAGACAAUGAUGGGGAUUCCGCAACCACCCGUGGGAGCCUAUUCCAGAGUUUAAUUACCCUUAUCUUUAAGAAAUUUUUCCUAAUAUUUAACCUGAAUCUCCCUAGCUGCAGUUUAAGCCCAUUACUGCUUGUCCUACUUCAGUGGACAUGGAGAACAAUUGUUCCCUGUCCCGUUUAUAACAGCCUUUCACGUAUUUGAAGACUGUUGUCAGGUCCCCCUCACCCCAACCGUCUUUUCUCAAGACUAAAUAAGCCCAGUUUUUUUAACCUUUCCUCAUAGGUCAGGUCUCCUAACCCUUUUAUCAUUUUUGUUGCUGUGCUUUGGACUCUCACAUCUUUCUUAAAGUGCGGUGCCCAGAACUGGACACAGUUCUCCUGCUGAGGCCUAAAAGAAUAAUUGUCUUAAGUGAAUGUGAUGUGAUAACAAGGUGAGAGCCAGUGCUUCUGUGACCUUGUGUGGCUGCCUUGGCAUCUGUCCCUGGGACGGGGGGGACGGGACGUUUCUGACCCUUCUGAUGCUGCCUCCACCUCAUGCAUGAGCAUGGGUGGGGAGUGAGAGAGUUGCUUGCCUUUUCCUUUGGGAAGUGGCUGCUUUGGAGGAAGUAUAGUGUGAGGGAUAGAACUUGUGGUGGGAAGCCAGUCCCUUAACUUAUCCUUGAACCAAAUAGCGAGGGUAUUCCCAAGAGACAGAAAGGCCCUUCUCUCUCCUGUCCUCUCUGUGAGAUUCAGGUAUGGAGUCAUCACUCCCCCCAUGCAGGUCCUGCUCUGCUGGGCAUGGUACUUAGGAGUCAUUUAGUCCACUGGACUCAGCCUGAGGCUGCCCCCAAGAGCAUGUGUGCUGCUGCCAUCUGCCUUUCCCAAUCCCAUUUCUGGGCGGGGAUUAGUCAUUUUAUUAGUUUACUGGAUCCCAUUUGUAAAUCCAUGAAAGGAAUUGGCUAGAGCACAGUGUUUUAAACUGUCUUUGGAGCUGCAACUGUUGCAUGGUGGAGACCUGCACUAUGGGAAUCAGAGGCCAUCAGGACAUGACAGGGGCCACAGCACCCAUGUCAGCCUCCAAGCUGGGCUCUGCUUUAGGUGCUGGGCUAGUGCCCUAGCACUCCCUCUGUUUUCCCCGCAUGUUUCUUUCAUGUGACUCCAACUGUUCAUGUUUACUGGUGGUCCCAGAAUUGGCUGUUUGGAAGUGCACAGCUGGAGAGAACCACCAUGCAAUGUGGCUGGGUGUGAUGAGUACGUGGCUGCAGGCAGCAAGGGGAGAUGUGGCCCAACUCCGGGUACAGCCCAGUAAGCAGGGAGAGGGAACACAAAGCACAGCAUACAGUGGGGGAUGUCGCUGUCCUGAUCUCAUUACAGGGAGUCUCUCCAGAAUCCUGGCCUUGUGCCUUCUCCCUCUAACCCAGGGCACUUAUUUCCAUAAGGCAACUGUAAAACCAAGAGGGAUGUGGGGCCCACUGAGUUCCAGAGGGGAAAGCGGGCACUGUGCUCUGUGGAAAUGGCCUCCUGGGGGCUGCAUCAAAGAGCAAUUGUUUAGUUUUUUAGAAAUGGAAAAAUGAGAGCUCGGGGUCGAGCAGAGCAGCAUUCUCCUCUCUCUCCCUCUCUAAUCCCAGACAGGGCAACAAGCAGGAUGCCCCACACCCUCCACUUCUCAGCACAGUGCAAGGCAAUAAACCAGCUAGAGUCAUGGCUGCCUUUACAGUGGGAGGAGAAGAGCCUUAGAAUCACAGGGAACUUAACCUGAUCCCAUUGUCCCUCCCUCAGGCUCCGGGCUGAGACACAGCAGAAGGGACACUAGUCAGCUGCCAGCCCCUGAGAGAUGGCAGGAUGGAAAGAGGUUUCAUUUUGCACCUUUCAGUUUUGCUCCCUCCCCAAAUGCACCUUUUCUUCCCCGCUGCGGGGUCUGUGCAGGAUGCCGUGCUGUGCCACAUAGCUGCCAGGCUGGGCAGAGUGUUUUGCCAAGGUGUUUCUAAAGGGCUUAGACAAGAGUGCACUUUGAGGCUUGUUCGGCUGAGGUCGUCGGCCAAGGUCCAUGUUUUUCAGGACUCCACAGAGGAUUGACUGAGUCUGUUGUGUAAAAUUGCGAAAAGAUUCUAAUCUUAAAGAAAUCCCCCCCUCCCCAAAAAAUCAGCAUCCUGUUUCCAGGUGCAACUAAAACAAUCGAGAUUCCUAACGCUGGAGAAGCAGCCCAGCCUGUGUGCAUUGUUAAAGAACCGUUUGUUUACAAGGAGUUUCACCUCCCAGCCUGGAAAGGCGUGCUUGGCAGUGGUUUGAGAUUUCGAUGGUCAAGCUGAGGGCAUGCUUGAUGGGAAGGGCUAGGAGAUGCCAGGGGCCUGGCCAGACGUUUAUACCAAAAGUAGAUAAAUACAAUUAUUCCAACGUUUAUUGUUAGCUCUCCAAUGUGAUUACUGCCCCCUGAAUGCAGUGACUGUCCGCUUGCCCCUCUCCUGCUUUUCUGGGAUUUUUAAAUCUUAGUAGUCUAUUGCUAAUAAAAGGGCAAAACCACCCAUCAUCAACAGAAUGUGGGUUGCUUGUUCGUAACCCCCAUAAACGUAACUAACUCCUCUAGCUGUGGGCAGCUGAAAAACUUGUAACCAUGUCCAGGGGUGAAAUUUGAACUGUAAUCUUGCUGCGCACCUCAGUCUGCUGGGUCCUAAAACUGAGUGUCCCUUUUGUUCUUUUCACUGAAAGAAUUGAAGGUGUUUUGUUUUUGUUUUGUUUGUGUGUAAAUACUAGUCUUUUUUGGAAGAAAUAAUGUAAAGAUGUUUUGUAUAAACUCUGAAUUAUUUUCUGGUUGCUUUUUCUUAGAAAAAGAAAUGAGAAACUAAAAAAAAAAAAAUAACCAAGAACGGGUGUAAAACAUUGUCAUAUCGCAAUCAAAUCCAGGAGGCUCAUCAGCUAAAGGGUGUGUGUGCGCGCGCACUUUGGUGGAGCCAUGGAGAAUUAGGGAAUGGGGUCUUCAUUGCACCGCGAUGCCCUUCUGACAAGAAAAAUUACUACAUGACCCCAGGAAGAGGGACUGAAGCUUGAGCCUACCCAAGCCCCACCACCCCAUGGGGGGGGGGGGGAGGGGGCAAAGCCCAAAGGCUUCAGCCCCAGGCAGGGGGCUUGUAACGUGACCCCACCGCCCAGGGUUGAAGUCCUCAGGCUUUGGCUUCAGCCCCAGACAGUAGGGCUCGGGCUUUGGCUUCAACCCUGGGCCCCAGAAAGUCUAAGCCAGCCCUGGUGACCCCAUUAAAAUGGGGUCGUGACCCACAGUUUGAGAACCACUGCUCUAAAAGCAGUUGGUAAAUCCCCCCCUCCCAUUUUUAAAAAAGGUUUUAAGCCAAACUCAUGAAUUUGGGGGGCCUACCUCGUGAUGUGGGAGUUGUCAGUGCUGGGGUGGGAUGUUAACCCACCCCCUCUUCUUUCUAAUUGAUAAGUGAAAGCUAAACUCUCCCCACCCACCCCUUACUGUGCCUGAUGCCUUCAUGUCAAAGAAAUGCACUCUGUCUAACUAAAGCGAAUGAGUGGGGAAGCACCAGAGGUUAGUGCCAUGGGGGGAGAUGUGCAGGUGCCUCAUGGAAGCCAUUUCCAGCUCUGCUGUCACAUCACGAAUUGCAGGUGGUUCAGGGAUGGAAGAGGACUAAUAGGUCUGUCUCCAAGGUCUGAGUCUGUGGUGAUUGCCCUGUGUAUUACAGCUGCUGGUCAGUUAGUUAUGCCAAAAACCUUCUGCAUUAUAUCAACACAAUGAGUUCAUGUGAGGUGGUUGCUGCAGUACCAAGUUCUCUGGAAUGUUAAGAUAAAUUGAUGAGGUGAAAAGGGUCAAGGGAGCCCAUUGUCUCCAUGGCAGUGCACGCGCAAACACACCCCGUAACGUGACGUGCUCCCACAUUUCAGAGAUGUCAACAGGUACACGUUUGUGGGGGGUGUACCUACGGUGUGUAUGCAAAUACACUCUGGCAUGACAGAUGAGCCCAUGCAUCACAGCCAUGUGCACAUUUGGGUCAUCUCAUUAAACACCACAAUCUAGUAUUCAGCAGCAAGUUAAACUUCCUUCCAUUUUCUUAAGUUGGGGACCUCCUUAAGUCAUGUGAUCAACCAGUGUUGCUGCCGCCUCGGCCGCCUUUGCCCAUCUAUGCUGGAGCAGUAACAGUCAGUUAUGGUCUCACAGGUAUUCUGGCUGGAUCAUGCUCUCGCCUUUCCUUCCUGCACCUCAGGCUCUUUCUUGCCCCUACAGCUGAUGCUGCCAGCAGGAUACUCCCAACUGUAAAAGAUCGGAGGUAGCAAGUCAUCCUCGUGCAUUUCUGGAGUGUCAGUGAACCAGACAAAGGAGGGUGAUUCAUGAACACAUUCUGGGACUAGAUUAGUGGUCAGGCUGCCAGUGCUGUGCCGCCCUGCUGCUGUAACUGAUGUCCUCAUCUGUAUGCAGAGAGUACAGAUGCUCUCCAGCCCCAGGGCUAAUGAGUGUUUACACAUUUUGCCUUCAUUACCAGAAUUAAAGUACUCACCGCCUCUCCAGAGAGUGCCCAUCCACUCAGGCCUCUCCUUGGCAGGCAAUAGAUGACUUGGUCUGAGAAACACUCCAAAAUGAGAGUGCCUCUUCUCAGGAAUUAUUUUUCCCUUCCCACCCUCAUGAUGAAUUGCAAGGUGCAGAGUAUUUCUCCCUGCCCUAGAGCAAGAUAGUCAAUGGGCAAGCAACUCACUGGCUGGUUGAUCAUCUCUUGGUUUCUAAUCAUGUUCCAUCCAUAUGUUAAGUUUUGGUUUGGCUUCUGGGCCGUGGCCCAGAGUCCUGGAAUCCUAUUGGUCAUGCUCACCCAAACCAUGUAUUCUUUUGUUCUUGUCAUGUUCUUUUUUUAAUUCCUUUGCCUUUCACACAGCUGCUUUCACCCAGUAUCAUAUCAUCAAUAAUCAGUAAUAUGGAAUCUGAAUUCCAUGGAGCCAUGAUGGAACCUGAUAUAUUGUUAAAUAAAAGAUUUUUUUCCUAUGGAAA